GCCCCCUCCCCAAGCACAUCCAAGCGUGCUCUCGCUUGCUCUCUCUCUCCCUCUCUCCCUCUCUCCCUCUCUCCCUCUCUCCCUCUCUCUCCCUCUCUCUCCCUCUCCCUCUCUCCCUCUGCCUCUCUCUCUCUGCCUCUCUCUCUCUCUCUCUCUCUCUCUCUCUCACACACACACACACACACACACACACACACACUCACACACAUACACCCUGGGCUGAGCUCUUCUUGUUGGCUGCAGCCGUGGGCCCCUGCUCACCGUGCCGCUGCCUGCGAAAUGACGGCGGUUCCCCUCACUUCCAGGAAUCCACGCUUCCUGGAAGGUGAGUGGCUGGGCUCACCCCUGCCUGCCACCGAGACGCAGACAUGCACACACCACCCGCACUCCCUCGCCGUUUCCAAGGCGGCGGCCGCGUUCGCACCCCAGGGUCUCACCGGCAAGGGAAGGAUAAUCUGGAGAGGGAUCCCUCAGGAGGGUGUGUUCCGGAUUUCUUGCCUCAGGCCCAAGACUCCAACCAUUUUAUAAUGGAAUCUUUAUUUUGUGAAAGUAGCGGGGACUCAUCUCUGGAGAAGGAGUUCCUUGGGGCCCCGGUGGGGCCCUCGGUGAGCACCCCCAACAGCCAGCACUCUUCUCCCAGCCGCUCCCUCAGUGCCAACUCCAUCAAGGUGGAGAUGUACAGCGAUGAGGAGUCGAGCAGACUGCUGGGGCCAGAUGAGCGGCUCCUAGAAAAGGACGACAGUGUGAUCGUGGAAGACUCGUUGUCAGAGCCCCUGGGCUACUGUGAUGGAAGUGGGCCAGAGCCUCACUCCCCCGGGGGCAUCCGGCUGCCCAAUGGCAAGCUCAAAUGUGAUGUCUGCGGGAUGGUCUGUAUCGGACCCAAUGUGCUCAUGGUGCAUAAGCGCAGCCACACGGGUGAAAGGCCCUUCCACUGCAACCAGUGUGGCGCCUCCUUCACCCAGAAGGGGAACCUGCUGCGCCACAUCAAACUUCACUCUGGGGAGAAGCCUUUCAAAUGUCCCUUCUGUAACUACGCCUGCCGCCGGCGCGAUGCUCUCACUGGCCACCUCCGGACACACUCGGUCUCCUCUCCCACGGUGGGCAAGCCCUACAAGUGUAACUACUGUGGCCGGAGCUACAAACAGCAGAGUACCCUGGAGGAGCACAAAGAGCGGUGCCACAACUACCUACAGAGUCUCAGCACUGAAGCCCAAGCUCUGGCUGGCCAAGCAGGUGAUGAGAUACGUGACCUGGAGAUGGUGCCAGACUCCAUGUUGCACUCAUCCUCUGAGCGGCCAACCUUCAUUGAUCGGCUGGCCAACAGCCUCACCAAACGCAAGCGUUCCACCCCCCAGAAGUUCGUAGGUGAAAAGCAGAUGCGUUUCAGCCUCUCAGACAUCCCCUAUGAUGUGAACUCGGGUGGCUAUGAGAAGGAUGUGGAGUUGGUAGCACAUCAUGGCCUGGAGCCUGGCUUUGGAGGUUCUCUGGCCUUUGUGGGGGCAGAGCAUCUGCGUCCCCUCCGCCUUCCACCUACCAAUUGCAUCUCAGAACUCACACCCGUCAUCAGUUCUGUCUACACCCAGAUGCAGCCCCUCCCCGGCCGACUGGAGCUUCCAGGGUCCCGAGAAGCAGGUGAGGGACCCGAGGACCUGGCCGAUGGAGGUCCCCUCCUCUACCGGGCCCGAGGCCCCCUGACCGACCCUGGGGCAUCCCCCAGCAAUGGCUGCCAGGACUCCACAGAUACAGAGAGCAACCACGAAGAUCGGGUUGGGGGGGUGGUAUCCCUCCCUCAGGGUCCCCCACCCCAGCCACCUCCCACCAUUGUGGUGGGCCGGCCCAGUCCUGCCUACGCCAAAGAGGACCCCAAGCCGCAGGAGGGGUUACUACGGGGCACCCCAGGCCCCUCCAAGGAAGUGCUCCGGGUGGUGGGCGAGAGUGGUGAGCCCGUGAAAGCCUUCAAGUGUGAGCACUGCCGAAUCCUUUUUCUGGACCAUGUCAUGUUCACCAUCCACAUGGGCUGCCAUGGCUUCAGAGACCCUUUCGAGUGUAACAUCUGUGGUUACCACAGCCAGGACCGGUACGAAUUCUCUUCUCACAUUGUCCGGGGGGAGCACAAGGUGGGCUAGCCACCUGCUGCCCUCCCCUCAGUCCACCACUCCACUGCCCUGCCUACACGAGUCUAGCUCUGUCCCCACUACAUCCCAAGGAGUUUUGCUCGGUAGCCCCCACCACUGGCUACCUGACUUCAUACUUGACCCUGACCCCUCUUCACCUAUUCUCCUCUACCCUGACUGAUUUAAGCAUUGUGAUGAAACAGGCUUUUUUGCUUACAUUUCUCCUUUUCCUCUUCUCCUCUCAUCCCAGCAUAUUCAGAGUUAUUUAUUAAUACAAUUUGUGGAUGUUUCUUUUGCUUUUUUUCUCUUAAAUUGUAUCAGUCGCUUGCCACUCCCCCCACCCUCCUGCCCACAGUCCCUUGCCACUUUAGACCUCAUUUUUUUUUUCUUUGAUCCAGCUUUCUCUAACAGCCCUAGGGGUAGGAAGCUCCUCUUAGUCCUAAGAGUUCUGAGCUUCUUGUGUUAAGUCCUCACCUUUUGCUUUAUCUGAUUCUUCAGUUUUGAUGCUGAUAGCUCCCUCUGGCCCUCCGUUUGCUCUGUGGCAUUAUAUCUCCUCUCUGGGACCCUCCAACCUGGUACUCCAUACCUCUUGUGCCCUCUCACUUUAGGCAGCUUGCACUAUGCUUGAAAAAAUGAAGCUUUCCUCAUUUGGAAGUAGGAGGGGCUGAAGAAAUUCUCCCCAGGCACUGUGGGACUGAGGGUCCUCUUGAUGUUCCCCUAGUAACGUGAGUUCCCCAAAGCCCACAUUCGGGAAUCUCCCUCUGGGAUGUGAUCUAUCUCUUCUCUCCUCAAACAACCCCCAACACAGCUACUCUCUUCAACCUCCUCGUCUACUCAGUGGUGGUUUUUCUCUCCUUGGAGUGCCCCAAUUUUAUAUUCUCAGGGGCCAAGGCUAGGUCUGCAAUCCUGUCUCUGACACGUUGGGAGCCACAGGUGCCUAAUUGGGAACCAGGGCAUGGGAAGGGGGUGGUUUAAAAUUCUUCUCUUUCUCUUCCACCUCUAAACUUCUUCACUCUAGUGACCUUCCUAGGCUCUCAGGGGCUCCUACAGUCCUUGUCCUAUGAGAAACUAGUGGGUUGCUGCCUGAUGACAAGGGGCAUCUCAACCCCUCAGUCAUGCUGCCUUCUUCUUCUCCCCGCAACCCCCUGCAAGAUUCACCCUCAUUCCCAGGCUUCUGGGCCCUGUUCUUAAGAUCAGUGGCAGGGAGAAAAGGGUGUCUCUUUUCUCUCUUCUAAUUUUCAGUAUAACCAAAAAAUUAUCCCAGGAUGAGGAAGGGCAUUUGCCCCUCACCUUAUUCCAUUCUUGUCCCGGCAAGAAUGGGAUGGGCACAACUGAACUGGGGGUCAUCCUUUACUGCCCCCUUCUAUACUCAGUUCCCAGAUGUAGGGCAGGAGGGGGCACUCUCCUCCUGGCUACAGCAGAGACCCCCUGGCUUUUUGGGUAACCUAGUUAGUGAGAAGGGGGCAGGAGGAGAUAGCUCUACUGCAAGUGGAGGUCUCUUUCUACAAGCGUUUUCUGCCCCCAGGCCACAGCUAUCCCAUUCUCUGCUUCCUUGAGAUUCAAACCAAAGGCUGUUUUUCUAUAUUUAAAGAAAAAAAGAAAAAAAAGAAAGUAAAAACCAAACACAACACCUCACAAGUUGUAACGCUUGGUCCUCUCUCUCUCUCCUUUUCUCUUCCCUUCCAUCUUUCUUUCCAUAUGUCCUUUCCUUAUUGGCUCUUUUGCCUCCUACUUUUCUCACUCCCUAUCAGGGAUAAUUUAGGGGGAUGGUGAAGGGUUGGCUAAGGAACAGACCCUGGGAUUGGGGCUCCAAAGGGCUCUAAGAAGAGUCUACCUUACCCUCUUAUGGGAAGGGAGACCCUAGAAAAACUUCUCCUCUUUUUCCUCCUUUUUCUCCCCCAUUAUGUAGUCUCUCUGAGAGAACCAGAUUGUCAGGAAGGGGCAUUGUGGGUUGAUUGUUCCUCCCAAUGUAGCAAUAAACAGAUGCUGCCAAGGGCAGAGGAUGGGGGAGUUAACUGGAAGGAGAGUGGUCUCUAGAUAAGGGGAGAGUCUUCUCAACAGCACCCUAGGGAACUGGCUCCUUGUUUCAGGAUGGCAGCAGAGCUGAGAUUAAUAUCUAGGGUUCUCCUCAACUGUUCUGGUUAUUGAGCCCCUUCCUGUUAAACUUACCCCUCACCACCUCUUCUGCGUCUGCUGUGUAUUUGGUGACACCUCAUAAGGACUAGUCCCUUCUGAGGUAUCAGAGCCUUAGGGUGCCCCCAUCCCCUCCCCCAGUCAGCUCUGGCACCUGUAACCUCCUGGAACAUGAAGGACUAUGCUCUGAGGCUAUACUCUGAGCCCAUGAGAGCAGAGACUGGAAGGGCAAGACCAGGUGCUAAGGAGGGGAGAGAAGGGCACUCUGUCUCUCUCCAGACCAUCACUGCACUUUAACCAGGGUCUUAGGUACAAAAUCCUACUUUCCAGAGCCUUCCAACUCUGGAACCUCAAACAUCCUCAUGCUCUCUCCCAGCUCCUUUUGCAUAAAAAAAAAAAAAAAAAAAAAAAGUAAAGAAAAAGAAAAAAAAACCCACAUUGAAACCCACAUGGAGAAAAGAGGUGUUUUCCUUUUAUACUGAUAUUCAAAACCAACACCACACACAAAAAAUUUCUAAAUAGACACUUUUCCAGACCUUUGUUUUUUUUGUGUCAGUGUCCAAGCUGUGGAUGGGAUUUUGUAAUACUUCCAGCAGCUUCUUUCUUUGUGUACAUAAUAUAUAUAUAUUAUAUAUAUUUUUAAUCAGAAGUUAUGAAGAACAAAAAGAAAAAAAAAUAAAACACAGAAGCAAGUGCAAUACCACCUCUCUUCUCUUUCUCUCCCAGGGUUUCAUUUGUAGCCUAUGCUUGGUGUCUCCUUGGACCGUACCCUUUCACCUCCUCCUCUUCCUUUGGUUUCCUCCAACCCCCUUUUUUAAAGAGUUUUUCUCCUUUCUCAAGGGGAGUUAAACUAGCUUUUGAGACUUAUUGCAAAGCAUUUUGUAUAUGUAAUAUAUUGUAAGUAAAUAUUUGUGUAACGGAGAUAUACUACUGUAAGUUUUGUACUGUACUGGCUGAAGGUCUGUUAUAAAUAAACAUGAGUAAUUUAACACCCUUGGUUGUUUUUGUAGACUUCCUUUGCUGUAACUUUCUGCUGGGAGGAAGGGGGGCCUCCUUGCUGUAUAUUGUACUAACUACUAAACGUUUUGAAGGUGAACAAGUCUAAGACUAAGAGGAAGCCAAAUAAGAAUGCUCAAGUUGUUCCCACAGAAGAACAGAUUUUUCGACCUACAGUGGGAAGUGGAGAUUUUCCUACCAGGAGUGCCUUCAGGAUAGAGAA